AUGAUGGAAGACGACUUUAUUGAGGACGAUGACGGAAGUGGCUACGUUGAUCAUGGACAGGACGAGUGGGCGAAUGAGCGUGCGAGUGAAUCUGAGUCAGAAAGUGAGCAUGAAUACUACGAACGCACGGGCCGGAAAAAGCCUAGGAAAAAGUCUUCGAGGCGCGCGAAUCGCAGCGUGCAAACAGACUAUCUUGGAUCAUCGCGGCGCUCGGCGCCUGUACCUUCACAUACAAAAGAGACGGAAGAAGCGUUUAUGUCGAAUCUAUUUGGUGGUCUUGAUCAAUUGAGCACGCCAUCCCGGCCCAUGACGACACUGGUGCUGGACGAUGCGCAUGACUCGCCGUCACUUGCUAUGGCACGCAAACGAAAGCAGCUUCAUACCCCGACGACAUUGCCUGCGCUUGUGCCAGACAUGAGCUCGUCCACAGAGCCAAGCAGUGACACACUUGAUGAUUCGUGGCACGACAUCCAUACACAGGGAGGGCCCAAAAAGCUCAAGAGUGAGACGAACGACCAGCGGUCACCACCGCCUUCUCCUCCUCGACCUUCUCCUCCUCGGAAUGCACCGUCUCACUCUUUGUCUACACCCGAGUCCAUGGACGAAGAUGAUUUCGGCGUGAUUUCCGUGGGCGCAAAGCGAGAAGUGCCUGUGGCACAGGAUGAUGCCAUCAAAACCACCAAGAUACCACCAGCUCGUCCACACAAGCCGCACGAUGCGCCUGAGGAGCCGACAUCGCAUCUGCAAACGUGGCGCAGCGUACACGAUGGCCUUGUAACCGAGUCCACGGAAUCACCUGCUUCUCAGGUCGCAAGCUCAACGUACAGCGGCGUUGCCAAGAAAGUCGAGUGCUUUCAGGACGAUCGCUCUGUGCACUUUUUUUGGAUCGACUAUUUCGACGCGAAUGGCAAGAUCUUCUUGUUCGGAAAAGUGCUUGACAGGGCUACGAACAAAUACGUUAGUGCGAGCGUGGCCAUCGAUGGUAUGGAGCGAUGUGUAUUUUUGCUUCCCCGCACACGCACCAUUGUUGAUGGACAUGAGACGGAUAUGGUUCCCGGCGAGGAUGAUGUGUUUGAAGAGUUCGAGACCAUGCGCUCUCGCUAUGGCAUCAAGUCCUGGCUCGGCAAAUGGGUUAGGCGGAAGUAUGCAUUCGAGCUGCCAGACGUCCCAGCUGAGGGGCCGUACCUCAAGGUCAAGUACGGCUUUGAUGAGCCCGCACUACCUGCGGACAUAUCUGGCGCGACAUUUUCACGCGCAUUUGGCACGCACACGUCGGCCUUUGAGCUGCUCGUGCUCAAGAGGCGUAUCAUGGGUCCGUGCUGGUUGCGUAUAGAGCAAGCGUCUCUGCCGAGUGGUCCGCCAAGAACAUGGACGAAGCUGGAGCUGGAGGUCGACGAUCCAAAGAGCGUGUCGCCAUUCUCCGACACCGAUGCGAAUGCACCGAAGGAGCCGCCGCCACUGACAAUCAUGAGCCUGGCACUCCGCACCGUCGUCAAUUACAAGGAGAACAAGCGCGAGAUCGUCGCUGUGAGUGCGCGUGUAUGGCGGGACAUGGCGCUGGAGAAUCCGACGCCGCCCGAGCAGCUGCCGUCCAGCUCGUUUACGGCCGUACGGCCGCUGGGUGCGUCGUUCCCCCCGCGGUUCGAAGAGCAGGCGGCGCAGGGCAAAAACAAAAUCAAGGCGUUCAAAUUUGAACGCAUGGUGCUGAACAGUCUGCUGGGCCAGAUCCAGUGGCAUGAUGCCGACGUCAUUCUGAGUCACGACUUUGUCGGCUCCACGAUGGAUACGCUUUUGCAUCGAAUGCGCGACUUGAAGUGCGAGAAUUGGACGCGGCUCGGUCGUAUGCGGCAGGACGUGUCGAAGAUGGUGAAGCAGUCACUGCAUGCGCUUCACACACGUAUGCUCGUUGGUCGGCUUGUCGCGGAUCUGUCGAGUGAUACGGCGAAAGGCAUGAUUCCCUCGACGACAUGGUCUCUAAGCGAGAUGUGUCGGACGCAUUUGAACGCACAGCGCGAGGACAUCGAUCCAGAGGAUGUCGCGUCGUUUUUCGACUGCACGGCACCGACGCCUGAGCGCCUCCUCACGUUCGUGCGGCAUUGUGAAGUCGAUGCGUUCUUCCAGAUGGCCAUGGCUUGCAAGAUGCAGCUGCUUGCUCUGACGAAGCAGCUAACGAACUUGGCCGGCAACGCCUGGUCCCGCACACUGAACGGCGGCCGUGCAGAGCGCAACGAGUACAUUUUGCUGCAUGAGUUCCACAAGAAAAAGUACAUAUGCCCCGACAAGCAGUCGAUGUGGGACAAGAAGGCAGCGAAGAAGGAAGAAGGGAGCGCUAAGAAGGAAAAGUUCAAGGGCGGUCUUGUCUUUGAGCCGAAGCGGGGACUCUGGGACAAGUACAUCCUGGUGAUGGACUUCAACUCGCUGUACCCCAGCAUCAUUCAGGAAUACAACAUUGACUUUACGACUGUCGAGCGCCAUGCCGACCAGGACGGCGACGAUGUCCCUGAUGUGCCGUCGUCUGAUGUGGCCCAGGGUGUAUUGCCGCACCUCAUUGCGACGCUUGUGAAUCGGCGGCGGCAAGUCAAGGCACUCAUGAAAGACAAGCACGCUCCAGCGCUGAAACAGCUGCAGUGGAACAUCAAGCAGCAGGCGCUCAAGCUCACGGCUAACAGUAUGUAUGGCUGUCUUGGCUAUGAGAACUCGCGGUUCUACGCACGACCGCUCGCAGCACUCACGACCUUCAAAGGCCGAGAAAUCCUGUCGACCACCCGCGAGCUGGCCGAAAGCAUGUCGCUCGACGUGAUUUACGGCGAUACGGACAGUGUCAUGAUCAACACGCGUUGUAUAGACUAUCAAGCGGCCAUCAAGAUCGGCCACGAGUUCCGACGCGCAGUCAAUGAGCGGUAUCGGCUCCUGGAAAUCGAUAUUGAUGGCGUGUUUCAGCGCAUGCUUCUGCUUCAAAAGAAAAAGUAUGCUGCACUCUUGGUGAACGAGACAGGGGCAACGCAGACCGAAAUCAAGGGCCUCGACAUGAAGCGCCGCGAGUACUGCGCUCUGUCGAAGCGAGCGUCAGCAUACGUGCUAGAGCAGAUCCUUUCCGGCGAAGCGACCGAGACUGUGGUGGAAAAGAUGCACGAGUACCUGCAGCAGCUCGCGACAGAUGUGCGGGAAGGGCGUAUUCCGCUAGACGACUAUGUGAUCUACAAACGUCUUGGCAAGCGGCCCCAGGACUAUCCUGACGCGCAGAACCAGCCACACGUCCAGGUGGCAUUGCGGAUGCUCGCGAAGAACGAGACGGCGCGUAGUGGCGAUGUGAUCCCGUAUGUCUUCUGCGUCGGCCCACAGACACCUAGCAGCAACGACAGCAUCAACAACAGCAAUCAUAAUAGUAACAACCACCACCAUCAUCAACACACGAAAGCGACGCAAGCGGAGCGUGCCUUCCAUCCCGAUGACGUUCGGCGACACAUGGACGACCCUGCAUAUGCCAUUGACUACAAGCACUAUUUGUCACUGCAGAUCCUCCCGCCCAUUGAACGAUUGGCCGACAGCAUGGAAGGCACCGACCGCUCUCGACUCGCUGCUUGCUUGGGCCUCGAUGUGCACACAUACACGUCUUCGUCCCACGCGUCAUCCGACUCGAGUCGUGAGUGGAUGACCCUCGAGAGCCAGGUGCCGAGCAGUAUUCGAUACGCCCACUGUGAUCCGCUCCGUGUUCGCUGCCGGCAGUGUGGUGCCGUCUCGGAUGCGGUGCCGCUCGCGCACAGCGCACGAACGUCCGAGGGCGCUGCUCCGUGGCUCUCUUGUCCAUCCUGCUCAACUGCAUGGACCCUGCCGUCCCUGGUCGUGCAGUUGCAGCUCGCGAUUCGUGCUCACAUUGCACGGUAUUACGAAGGCGUACAGACAUGCACAGAACCGUCAUGCCGUGCCUCAUCGACCAUGACGGGCGUGUAUAGUGGGCGCUGUGUCGUGCCAGGGUGCCGCGGCAAAGUCCUCGCACAGUACCCGGACAAGGCGCUGUACACGCAGCUGUGUUACUACGCGUACCUGUUUGAUUCGACGCAGGCUAUGGCAGAGACAAGUGAAGCAGCACAGCAUCUGCGUCUGCGAGACACCAUCGAUGCACGACGUGCCGACCUGGAUGUAUUGUAUGCGACAGUGCAGCAGUACCUGGCGCGGAACGCCCGGCGGUUCGUCGGGCUGGAUAAACUGUUUUCAUUCAUGCGUAUGUAG